CCCGCGUCGCUCCCGCCCAACAGACCCUGCAAACCCCCCAGGCAAGAUCUGCAGGUCCAGUGCAACAUUCGGGCGGAAUCGAUCACAGGCUUGCGACAGCCCUUUUCAGAACAGCGCCAACCUAAUAUCCGACGCCAGGUGUUCAUAUCAAGCCAACGACAAUGUCCUCCGAAAAGCGUUCGCGGGAGAUUCUCGAUGGGCCGUCCUCCAGCAAGCGAGUCAAAUUCCGGGACGACGACCCUCUGCAUUUUGACGACCCCGACCUGGCCGCCCGCCCUGGAGACGACGUGGAUGAUGCCGAAGACCUGGAGAUAGCCAAACCCAGACGGGGAACGAUCCGGGUCGAAGGCUACGCCUCGGACUCGGACGAGGGCGAUGACGACUAUGACGACGACGACGAAAAUGGUGCCAGACGAACAAGAAAGAGCGGCGGCGAUGACGACGAAGAGGAUGCAGAUGCGGAUGCGGAUGCAAACAAGAACGACGGCGACGGCGAUGGCGACGACGAUAUGUUCUCGGAUGUCAAAGAAAAGCGGCGCCAAGCCCAAAACCAGCGCAAAAUCGACCGGCUCGAUGCGCUGGACGAGAUGCUGGACGGCCAAGAGGUCGAGGGCCCCGACGCCGACUUCACCGAGGACGGCAUCCGGAUCGUGCCCCUCAAUAUGGACGACGAACUGGAGGACGGACACUUUGACGAGUUCGGCCACUAUAUCGAGAAGAAGGACGAGCAUCUCAUGCACGACAACUGGCUGCAGGGCGUCUCCAAGACCGACAUCGAAAAGGCUAGCCAGGCCCAUCGGAGAGCCGAAGCCCGAUCCGAUGCCGAGAACAGAAUCAUGGAGAAGAAACUCAAGUCGCUGCGCCCCAACGAUCUUUGGAAGCGCGCUCUGAACAUUAUGAAGCCACAGGAAACGAUUCCGAUGGCCAUGAAACGAUUGGGCGGCAAGAAACGCCAGCCGGCUUGGAAGAAAAGCAAAAAGUCCAACCAGAUGGAGCCGGAGGAGGAUGCACAAGCCCAGGUCGAAGGAAUCAAGCAACUGGAGGAGCUGACUUCGAUAUCAGAUCAGCUCAUGUCGCUUGGAAAGUUCGUGUACAGCUUGAUCUAUGAACAAAUCGUUCGAAGCCUGCGCGUUGACGGAGAGCUCGACGACUUUUGGAAACCCGGAGAGCCCAUUCCGAUCGAGGCCAGCAAAGCCAGCAGCCAAGCGACUGUCGACGGCAUGGUUAUGUACGAGUACAAAUGGGGAGAGACCUCUGAGGAGCUCUUUGGCCCUUUCUCCCGAGAAGAGAUGAUAGCAUGGAAAACCCAGGGUUUCUUCAGCCAAGAGGGGCUCUAUGUGCGAGAGGUUACCCAGGGCACAUCCCUGGAUACCCAGAAGGGCUUUGUGCCGCUCUCCGAGAUCGAUUUGUAGAUCGCAUAUACCGGACCGCUGUUUCACCGCCAAGCGGAUUUCGUCUGGCCGGCAGAGUAGCCCGAGCCAUCGAUGUGACCCGACCCGACCAGACCCAUCUCUGCGGACCGUCUUGACGGCAAGAUUUGCGCAGGAGCCGAGCCCGCGAAGUUCAUUUGGAUUCGGAGUCAUGCCCGAGCGCGCCCAGCAGCAAUCACGACGAGCCCGCCUCUCUGCUUCCCGAUGUGCCAAGCCAGGCGAUCGACCGAUCCAUCCACUUUCAUGUCGAGCCGCAGCUUUCUGCAAAUACACGCGUUUUCGAGUGA